AACUAAGUCGAUAAAUAGCACGGAAAUCAUUUGAAUGAGUCGAGAUGCAGAGCACUGUGAUGGCCACCUUCGCGUUGAAACCAGGACAGUGUAAUGGAAGCUGCCAUCUCGCAAUAGUGUUGUCACAACCGAUUGGAAAACGCCCGUAUCGUUCAUGGAUGUGUCGACGGCGGCAGCAGUACGACGUCCUCCGGUGCCGGGUAACGCAUCAACACCCAGCAGGAGGGUUACACGAUGAUCCCGACGAGAUCGAUGAUCGACCCCGCAAGAAUCCGCCCCGUUUCCAUCCUUCCAUAUGGGGCGAUUUCUUCCUUCACUACUCGAACACAGUAGCAUGUUCCCCCCACCAACAGGUAAGGAUGGCAGAACGUGCGGACAAACUGAAGGAAGAAGUGGCAGACAUGAUAGAGAGACGAAGCAGUGGUUACAGCCUGCUUCAAAGGCUUCAUCUCAUCCAUGUGCUACAGCGUCUUUGCCUGGAUCAUUUAUUCGAAGACGAGAUCAAUGGUUCGUUCACUCAGAUUAAAAGUGCUGAUCUUAGUGGCUGCGACCUUCAAACAGUAGCUCUAUGGUUCUAUCUGCUUCGCAAUCAUGGUUGCAGAGUUUCGCAAGAUGUGUUUAUAAAGUUCAAGGAUGAAGAGGGAAAUUUUGAGUCGAACAGUUCGGAGGACCUACUGAGCCUUUACAAUGCUGCAUAUCUUGGAACUCAUGGAGAGACCAUACUGGAUGAUGCAGUGUCCUUCAGUAAAAAGUGUUUAGAAACAACAAUGCCUCAUCUGGAUCCUGAAGGGCUAUUAGCACGUGAAAUAACGUCUGCACUUGAAAUUCCCCUCCCUAGAAGGGUCAAAAUAUAUGAGCUGAAGCAUUAUAUCUCCAUGUAUGAGACAGAAGCUACAGUGCAUGAAACGAUAUUAGAACUUGCAAAACUGAAUUCAAAUCUUAUGCAACUCCAUCAUCAGCGAGAACUCAAAAUCAUUACAAGGUGGUGGAAGAAUAUACAACUUCAGUCAAACCUGUCCUUCGCUCGAGACAGAAUUGUAGAGUGCUACUUUUGGAUGGCAGGUGCAUACUUCGAACCAUGUUACUCACGAGCUCGCAUAAUAUUGACACAGGUGAUGGCCAUUAUCUCGAUCGUGGAUGAUAUUUAUGAUGUCUAUGGAACUUCAGAGGAAUGUGAACUGUUUACCAGGUGCAUAGAAAGUUGGGACACAAAGGUGGGCCAGGACCUUCCAGCAAACUUGAAGAUUAUUCUUGAGUGUAUCUUCGAUACCUACAAGGACAUUGAGCAUGAGCUAGAAACAGAGCAGAAGUAUCGCUUGUCCUACCUGAAAUUUGUCACAAUAGAUUGGGUGAGAGCUUACACCACUGAGGUUAAAUGGCGUGACCAAAGAUAUGUCCCAGCAACUGUUGAAGAACACUUGCAACUUUCAGUAAGGAGUGGAGCAUGUCACCUACUGUCUUGUGCAUCAUUCGUUGGAAUGGGUGAUAUAGCAACGAGAGAAUCUUUUGAGUGGGUUUCAAGUAUGCCUGAAAUAGUACAUUCACUUUGCAUAAUUCUGAGGCUAUUAGAUGAUCCGAAGUCAUAUGAGCGUGAACAAAUGGCAUUGCAUGUCGCUUCAACAAUUGACAGUUGCAUGAAGGAGCACAAUAUGUCAAUGGAACUGGCACUAAAGAAGAUAAAGGAGCUGACAGAGGAAUCAUGGAAAAGUUUAAACGAGGAGUGGCUAAAACCUAAUAAAGCCCAACCAAAGGAGUUAUUGGAGAGGAUAUUCAACCUCACAAGAAGUAUGGAGUUUUUCUACAAGCAAGAGGAUGCCUACACAAAUAGUUGCAACAUCAAGGAUACUGUUAAAUCACUGUUUGUAGACUCUUAUAAAGUAUUCUAGCUUGUUUUACUCUGUCGAUUUUACACAUGAAAAGAAAAGGUUUUCAAGUGUGUAAUAUACAGCAUAGGAGCAGGGCAGCGUCAAGGCAACAAAACGAAUGCCAGGACACGAAUGUGGGGUUUGUGCGUUUGCAUGUGUUUUACUGCCUCCGUUUCACAAGUGAGGGUCCGAGUAUCAAUAUAUAUUGAUACUCAUCCGAUACUUGUCGGACACUGGUACUCUCUUGAUACUUGUCAGCCAAGUAUUGAUAUUUGUA